ACCCCGAAGACGCGGCCAUGCCGGGCCGGGCGGAGGCGGGGGAGGCCGAGGAGGAGGCCGGGGCCGGCUCCGGGUCCGAGGCGGAGGAGGACGCGCUGUGGGAGCGGAUUGAGGGUGUCCGGCACCGGCUAACGCGCGCCCUGAAUCCGGCCAAGCUCACGCCGUAUCUGCGCCAAUGCCGGGUCAUCGACGAGCAGGACGAGGAAGAGGUGCUGAGCACCUACCGCUUCCCGUGCCGCGUCAACCGCACCGGGCGCCUGAUGGACAUCCUGCGCUGCCGUGGAAAGAGGGGCUACGAGGCCUUCCUGGAGGCCCUGGAGUUCUACUACCCAGAACACUACACGCUGCUCACAGGCCAGGAACCUGCCCAGCGCUGCUCCAUGAUCCUUGAUGAAGAGGGGCAUGAGGGCCUGACCCAGUUCCUGAUGACGGAGGUGCGGAGGCUGCGGGAAGCACGAAAGAGCCAGCUGCAGCGAGAGCAGCAGCUGCAGGCGCGGGGCCGGGUGCUGGAGGAGGAGCGGGCGGGGCUGGAGCAGCGCCUUCGGGAGCAGCAGCAGGCCCAGGAGCGCUGCCAGCGGCUGCGGGAGGACUGGGAGGCCGGCAGCCUGGAGCUGCUCCGACUCAAGGAUGAGAACUACAUGAUCGCCAUGCGCCUGGCCCAGCUCAGCGAGGAGAAGAACUCGGCCGUGCUGCGCAGCCGCGACCUGCAGUUGGCGGUGGAUCAGCUCAAGCUCAAGGUCAGCCGGCUGGAGGAGGAGUGCGCACUGUUACGCAGGGGCCGGGGGCCGCCGCCCGGGGCUGAGGAGAAGGAGAGGGAGCCGGACAACGUGGACCUGGUCUCCGAGCUGCGGGCCGAGAACCAGCGGUUGACGGCAUCGCUGCAGGAGCUGCAGGAGGGCCUGCAGCAGGAGGUGAGCCGGCCGGGGGCACCGGGCUCUGAGCGCAUCCUCCUGGACAUCCUGGAGCAUGACUGGCGGGAGGCGCAGGACAGCAGGCAGGAGCUGUGCCAGAAGCUGCAUGACGUGCAGGGGGAGCUGCAGUGGGCCGAGGAGCUGCGGGACAAGUAUCUGCAGGAGAUGGAGGACCUGCGACUCAAGCACCGCACGCUGCAGAAGGACUGUGACCUGUACAAGCACCGAAUGGCCACUGUGCUGGCCCAGCUGGAGGAGAUUGAGAAGGAGCGGGACCAGGCCAUCCAGAGCCGCGACCGAAUCCAGCUGCAGUACUCACAGAGCCUCAUCGAGAAGGAUCAGUACCGCAAGCAGGUGCGGGGGCUGGAGGCAGAGCGGGACGAACUGCUGACCACGCUCACCACCCUGGAAGGCACUAAGGCGCUGCUGGAGGCCCAGCUGCAGCGUAGCCAGGGCAGCUCCUGCCUCAAGGCCUGUGCCUCCUCCCAUUCCCUGUGCUCCAACUUCAGCAGCACCUGGAGUCUCAGCGAGUUCCCUUCCCCGCUGGGAGGCCCGGAAGCAGCAGGGGAAGUGGCUGUCGUGGGGGGAUCUGAGCCUCACACCUCGGAGGAGGCCACCGACAGCGAGAAGGAGAUCAACCGCCUGUCCAUCCUGCCCUUUCCCCCCAGCGCCGGCUCCAUCCUCCGCCGGCAGCGCGAGGAGGACCCCGAACCCCCUAAGAGGUCCUUCAGCAGCAUGUCGGACAUCACAGGGAGUGUGACGCUUAAGCCCUGGUCCCCCGGCCUCUCGUCGUCGUCUUCCUCCGACAGCGUGUGGCCUUUGGGAAAGCCGGAAGGCCUCCUGGGCCGGGGCUGCAGCCUGGGCCUCCUCAACAGGUCUCUGGCCAUCCGAAUGUCUGGCUGGAGCGCCUCAGGGUGCCGAGAGUCCCAGGACAAGGGCCCAGAUGGCCUGCCCUUCCGUGGCGACAGAUGGUCUGGGGCAGUAGUGCGGAGGGUGCUAUCUGGCCCUGGGUCGGCCAGGACCGAACCAAGAGAGCCCAGGGCAGAAAGUGCCGGCCUGGAGGGGGAAGGCCUGGAGGCCGAGACCCAGCAGAGAUCCUUGGUGUCCACACUGCCCUCACGGCUGGACUCAAAGGCCUGCCAGUCCUUCCACGAGGCCCUCGAUGCCUGGACGAAGGGGCCAGGAGCUGAGCCCUUCUACAUUCGAGCCAACCUCACCCUGGCCGAGCGGGCGGAUCCCCACGCUCUCUGUGUGAAAGCCCAGGAGAUCCUGCGGCUAGUGGACCCGGCCUACAAGCGGCGGCAGGAGUGGUUCUGCACCCGGGUCGACCCCCUCACCCUGCGGGACCUGGACAGGGGCACGGUGCCCAACUAUCAGAGAGCCCAGCAGCUCCUUGAAGUCCAGGAAAAAUGCCUGUCCUCUAGCCGGCACCGAAGCCCCCGCAGUAAUCUGAAGAAGCGGGCCCUGGGGCUGGUGAGGCCUAAGCCUGUGGGGGGCUCUGCAGGGGACUCCUCAGAGCAGCUGCUGCCAGAGCCCUGCUCAGAGCCAGAGCGGAGCCUCAAGCCCUACAGCCUGGUGCGGCCGCUGCUGGUGUCCGCGCUGCGGCCGGUGGUGCUGCUGCCUGAGUGCCUGGCGCCCCGGCUCAUCCGCAAUCUGCUGGACCUGCCCAGCUCCCGGCUGGACUUCCAAGUGUGCCCAGCGGAAAGCCUCUCUGGGGAGGAACAGUGCUCACCCUCGGCACCUGGAGCCCCCAAGGCCCAACCUACCAUCCCUGGGCUAGGCAACAGGAUCCGCACCAUCCAGGAGUUGGUUGGGAAGAAGAAACACUGCCUGUUGGAGCUGGGUGCACGGGGCGUGCGGGAGCUGGUACAGAGCGAUGUCUACCCCAUCGUCAUCCACGUGGAGGUGACCGAGAAGAAUAUCCGCGAGGUCAGGGGCCUCCUGGGCCGGCCAGGCGGGCGGGACUCGGAGCUGCUCCGGCAGUGCCGCAGCGCAGAGCAGGCGCUCUGGGGGCUGCCCUGCUCUUGGGUGCAAGUGCCCGCGCAUGCAUGGGGCCACGCAGAGGAGCUGGCCAAGGUGGUGCGCGGCCGCAUCCUGCAGGAGCAGGCCCGCCUCGUGUGGGUGGAGCGGGGCAGCAGCGGUGGCAGCGGCAGCAGCAGCGAGGCCUGAGGACCCAUCGAGGGCUGGCUUCCUGCAUCCGAGGCCUGACUUCCUCCAUCGAUGCCUGGGUUUCCUCCACUGGAAACCUGGCUUCCUCCGUCUGAGGCCGGGCUUCCUCCCUCGCUGCCAGCCAGUAGGACCCUGUGUCUGUGGCCAGUUGGGCCCUCCCAUCCUGAGCCUUCCUUGAACUUCGGACUCUCCAGCGUGGGACUCUGGGCUCUGGGCUCUCACCUGUGCUUGUCACUUGCACCCUGUCGGAGGGCUGCAGGAGCGCAUGGGCCAGAGUUGCCACCUGCCCCCGUACUUGCUGCUGUGGGCCUGCCUUCCUGUCACCCUGUGUCCCCACAUUCCCACUCGUGGGUCUCACCAUUGUGUGUCUUAUCCUUAAACGCCUACCCUGGAGUCUGAGUUCUCACACCCGUGCACAGGUUUGCACAGCCAAGUUCUCACAGGGCAGGCUGUGGUUCUGUCCCUUCCCCUGGGUCCAUGGCGUCUCCCUUGCGCCUCAGCUUGAAGGAGCACUGAGCCUGCCACCUUGUGACCCCCACCCACCCGGCUCGCGCGUCUUGUGUACCCUGCCACCUGUGGCCAUGGUGGCUGCCUUGGUCCACUGUCACCUGUAUCCGUUGUGCCUCCUUGUGUGUGUCUGUGGGUCCCUCCUGUGUACAUGUCACACCCACCCUCUGACUCUUGGGCACUAACAGGUGUGUGUUCCCCGAGAGCACACCCAGGAUCAUGUUCUCACAGCUGCCCUGUCCCGAGCCCCAAGGGCCCGGCGGGGUGGCUGCCCUGCCCCGAAUGUAUGCCUGUGAUAACUAACGGGCCUUUCACUCAGAAGCUGCACAAUAUGGAACAUUAAACACAUUGUCGUACA